GAUCUAUGACCUCAUGGACGUGCACGAGAGGGCCACGAAGUGGAUGUCGGCAAGAGCAUGGCGACUACUUGUAGAAAUCGCAGAGGCAGCGAUAAUUGCUACCCUCUCGCUGGCGAUGACUCAGCUCGUCGUGCUUCUGCUGCUUUUGACCUGCUACAGCUACAAAAGGCACCCGUACGGCACCCGCGCCAAGGCCCGACCGGUGUGGGUACGUAUCAUCCUCUUCGCGGCCGUGAUCAAAGGGACACAUGCCGGAUAUGGCGAUGAGGUCAAGCCCAAGCUCAGCCCAAUGGGCAUCCCGCUCCCCACAGACCUGGAGCUGUGGAUGAGUGGGCAGGCGACUAUGAGGGAGCAGCUUGCAGCUGCUUUUGAAAGACAUGUGGCGACCAUGCCACUGGAGCACAACAGUGAAGUGGCGCCGCCACCGGACUUCACUGUGCCCAUACCAGAAGCCCCUCCUCCGCCGCCUCCACAGCUACAGCCGCAUGAGCACUGGAUCAACAGGGAGGAGCCAGCCACAACCCACAUCUCCUUCUGGAUCUGUGCGCCGUACUACGAGUCCAUGUCAUUGGAUGUGGCGAUGAGCUUCCCCCUCACCAUCAACCGUGUCUUCGAGGCCAUCCAGAACUCAGCGAUUGAUAUGCCAACUGACAUCCUCGACCACCCGGUUGCCGUAACACCUCAACCUGAUGAAGCCUUUGGAUCAGUGUUGAUGAUCCCGACAUGGAUCAGGAUGUCCGGCAAGACAGCAGUUGUGCUGGAUGGAAGACAUGUUGGAGCGGGCAUCUUCGCGGCCUACUUUGAGGGGCCCCUUACAAGACGAGGUCUGCUUCAGAAGAUUGGGAUGGGACCUGAUGCCGGCAUCUCGAUCUUUCUUUUCGGUUCGCUGCAGCCGAUGAACGACGAGCAAAGGGAGCCACCAAGCCAGGGCGGCCUUAUUCUCUUCCUCCGGCGAGGCGAAGUGCCAGAGUGGGCCACGGAGCUCGACACGAGGCUGACGGACACAACCAGAUGGAGGCCCGAUGUCGACCACCCGCAGCACCUACCAGGCCGCCACAUCGAGUUCCAAGGAGAAGAGCAGACUUUCCUCCACCUCCUGGACAGAACUGUCCCACCGGACCCGCAACGAAUGGCGGACCACGCCUUUGGGGCCAGCCAAGGGGACGUGUGGAUCAGAGCCCCCACCCAAAGACCUAUGCGUAUGUAUGCCAGGGGAAAGAGAGUCCACUCCAUUAUUGCGGUGCUUGGUGCUGGACGCUAUCCCAGGGACACCACGAAGGUCGUUUUUCUUGACACCAGACCCAUUGGGCUCUGGCCGCAAUGGGUGGCAAUACCUGGAGAUUUCCUUGACCCGGGAGCUUACGCCGAAGGCCUCCAAAUCCCUUAUAUUGAAGGAUACUCCCUGGUCAUCAAAGGAGGCCGACGACACCGGGAUGGCGUGAGGAUCCGUGUCCUAGACGGGGAGGUCAUCGAGCUCCUCCUGAGAAGAACCGAUGAGGAGAGGGCCCUUUUGGACCGCCUCCCCCUCGACCGGUCAAUGAAGACCGAAGUCGCUCUCCUAGGAGAGAAGGGCCGCAAAAUGGCAGCCAAGAUGAGUGCCCUGAAGCUAGCCGACCAUGUCGCGCCCUAUGUCCCUCAUUUCGACCUCACAGAACAAUGCCUCCGCCUACCACACAAAGGCUAUGACCUACAGGCCCUGACAACACCAUGGGGCACGGGAUGGUUGUCAUGGUCUUUUGACGGAGUCAACGUCAAGCAGGCCACCAAGGACGCCAUGCAGGACGCCCCCAACUGGCCGGACCUCUUUCGACGUGCAGGCCCGACUGAUAGCAUCGAGUUCCACGUGUACACUGAUGGUUCGGCCAACGGCAGACAAGAUCGCAGCGGCUACGGGGUUGUUGUCCUGCUCAAAGUCGGGGUCGCCUAUGCUUUACUUGGCCUCUUCGGAGGUCAGCUGCUGGGAAACCCUGAUAAUGUUUGGCCUCUGCAGGAACCGGCCGCCCUCCGAGGGGAACAGGUAGCCCUAGCGGCUGCACUGCUAUGGGCACUGCAGUUUUCCCAUGUCCUGCAGCACGCGACAUGCCACAUCCACUACGACUGCACGGCGGCGGGCAAAGCGGCGACGGGUGAUUGGCAACACCCUGACUUUUUCAGUGAGAAAAUCCACCACCUCGAGCUCUUCUCCCGAGACUGCAUUGCUGGUGGUAUACAAAUGUCGCACGUCGCUGCACACAACGGGGACCCAUGGAAUGAGUUGGCGGAUGAGAUUGCCAAGGCUGCGGCUGCAAAAAGGGGGGCCAUCUGGCAGCCCCCACACAAUGCCAUCGAGACCUUCCUGAACACCGACAUCUCUUGGCUUGCAGCGGCCCAUCAUGCAACCAUCCAUGGAACCCUCCCCAUCUAUGAUGAUGAGCUGCGAUGGUCGCCAGAAAAUCCGCCCUUUGAAGAAACCACCCCCCUCAAGCCCUCCCAGAUCGUCCCGACGGUCUCGGAAGCCUGGGGCCAAGGGAAGGACCCACAUGACUUCUCUUUAACUGUGGCUACCUUGAACUCUCAAGGGAUGGCUGGGAAGCACAGAUACUAUGAGGAGCAAUUGGACGAGCUCAAAUGCAACAUUUUCUUCGUCCAGGAGCACAAGGGCGACUCCAGUGUUUGUCUUUCUAAGCGCUAUACGCGCUUACACACUGCCGGGAACAAGCACUGGGGAGUUGGCGUCUGGAUCAGCAAAAACUACGGCAUUCUCUCUAUUGAUGGAAAGCCGCUCAAAGCUGACUUGGCAGACAUCAGCAUCCCCUAUGAAGACGAGCGACUCUUGAUUGCCACAGUCCUCCUUGGCGGGGCAAAGGUCGUCUUGGUAUCGGCUCAUUGCCCACACGCGGCAAAACAACAGGAGGCUGAGGACUUCCUGGCGAACCUGGAGACCCAGUUACGAGCCGUCCUCCCAGCGCACAUGAUCAUCGUGGGGACGGACCUGAAUGGUCGGCUCCCGUGUCCUUUCGGGCGGGUUACUGGUGACCUGUCAGAUGGGCACCCGGACCUCAUUGGAGCCAAAGCAGCAAGCAUCUGCCAAGAGUUUGCUCUAUGGGCCCCGGCCACGUACCACUCCCUACACAAGGGACCAACGGCCACAUACCGUCACCCUAUGGGAGGUGAGCACAGGAUCGACUACAUCCUCAUCGGUGGCCGUGCACAAUGCCAUCAAGUUCGCAGCGAGAUCUCCAAGACCUUCGACACCAUGAACGCCAACGACGACCACUCGCUGUCUGUGGUGCAUAUGGUGGGCACAUGGAAGCACCAAGGCCGCCGAGCAAGACUAUGGAGGCCCCGCUAUGACACCGUCAAGCUCCGCAGUUCUGCUGGCAAACAACUGGUUGCCCUCGAGAUGGGGAAAUACAUUCCCCCACCCUGGAAUGUACACCCGGACGCCCACUGCCAGCACUUGCAGGAUCACCUCAACGGGAUCCUCCACCGGCAUUUCCAAAAGCCGGCAAAUGCCCCGCAAGCAAGCUACAUCCCGGAAUUCAUCUGGGAUAUCCGGCUACAGAAACUGCGCCUGAAGAAGGAGGCGACACCACGGAGGCAAAUCUGGCAUCGGCCCAUCAAAGCAGCCUACGAAGCCUGGCGAAGCGGGCACCCCCUGGCCGUGCCCCCUGCAUCCAAGAAGGAGAUCCUCCUGCACGGGAUUGUCGCCCUGGCUAUAAAGUUCGCCACCUACCGCAUUAAGAUCGGUAUCAGGCGGGCCAAGAGCGACUUCCUGAAGCAAAUGGCCAAGGGCCCGGAGCCAACUACAGGCGCCAGCCACAUGCUGGGCAACCUUCGUCGAGCCGGGGUAGGCAAGUCAGCCCACAAGCCGUACCAGAAGCAGCUCCCCCUCCUGCUUGACGAUCAGAACCAGCCGACCGCGAGCAAGGAGGACCGGGACAUGGUUUGGCUAAAGCACUUCGGAGCCCAAGAAUGCGGCCAAAUCCUCCCCGUCCACACCCUUGCCGAGACGCCGCAUCCGAAGAUCGUGCAAGAUCGAGAGUUGGAAUGGACGAUGGGCAGCCUCCCUUCCAUCGACGAGCUGGAAAAGGCCUACCGCCGGGCCCCCUUCAACAAAUCAGCCGGCUUGGAUGGGAUCCCUGGCGAACUCCUGAAAGCCGCCCCUGCCGCUCUGGCUCGCAACAGCCACGCUUUGAUGACCAAAACAGUCCUGACUCUCCAGCAGCCGCUCCAAUGGAGGGGAGGGGUCCUUUACUCUGCGUGGAAGAGGGCUGGAAACCCUGCUAUGGCCGAGUCCCACCGGUCGUUGUUUAUUAGCAGCCUUCUGGGAAAAUCCCUCCACCGCCUGAUGAAGGACAAGGUCGCCCACAACAUCGAGAACUCACUACAUCCCCUUCAUAUGGGCUCUCGACGGGGCGCUCCGGUCACAUACCCCGCGAUGGCCAUCUUGUCCCACCUACGGGGUACAAUCCGGCGGAAGCAAUCCGCCGCCAUCCUCUUCUUGGACACCAAGGCUGCAUAUUAUAUGGUAGCCAGAGAGAUGGCCGUGGGAAAGAUCUAUGACGACCAAACCAUCGCCCAUGUCUUUCGUCGUUUCCAGCUGGACCCGGAGGAUAUCCACGAGCUCUACAAGGCAAUUGCCGAGGGCGGCGUCAUGGCGGACUUCGACAUGGACCCUGUGGUGCGGCAUGUGGCGAAGGACUACCACCACAGGGCAUGGUUUACAUCGCACUACGGCGACGGGUCUCGCAUCUGCAUGACGCGGGCUGGAUCGCGACCGGGAGAGAGCUGGGCAGACUGCAUUUUUGCAGCCGUCUACAGCCGCGUGCUCUAUCGGGUCGCUGAAAUGGCCCAGGCUGAAGAGCUGAUCGACCCUCACUGCUUUGACCCCACCCUCGGCAUUUUUGCUCAAGGUGAUGGUCACGAGCGCGUCUGGAUCAAUGACAGCACCUGGGCAGACGACUCUGCUUUCCCCCUGAAGGAUGCCAGCCCGGUUGCGCUUUUGAAGAAGGCAUCGCGCCUUUCCUCGCUGGUACUUUCGCGGUGCUAUGAGUUGGGCAUGGUGCCAAACCUGAAACCGGGCAAAACCUCACUAUUGCUCAGGAUUGCAGGAAAGGGAUCGGCCGCAGCAAAGCGGCUCUUCUUUCCGGAGGGCAAGCCUCAGAUCUACCUCAGCGACCUCCAGGUCAACAUCGCCACCGCCCCGGUCUACACCCAUCUCGGAGGCGUCCUGGAUCAUCGAGGAUCUAUGCUCCCGGAGACGAGGCGGCGUCUGGCCAUUGCCUCGACAUCCUUGGACGAGGGCAAGGUCCUUGUCUAUGGCAACAAGACGAUCGACCUCCCUGCGCGGGUCGCUGUCUUCGAGGCGGCAGUACGACCCACCCUCUUCAACCUUUCGCUCUGGCUGAUCCGCGGCCCGGCGUGGACAAAGCUUGAACUAGGUUAUGCACGGCUGCUACGACGGCUCCUGGCCACGCAUUUCCAAGGAGAGGCUCUUUUCAAAUUGCCCUCUCAGCUGGUUUAUGCCCUCACGGACAGCCUUCCCCUGCACAUGGUUGCUCGCAAGAUGCGUUUCGCUCUUCUGUGCUCUAUGGCCCUCACGGGACCCCCUGGACUGUGGGCGAUGCUCCAAUGGGAGAUGGAGUGGUGCGAGCAGAUGCAGCGCGACCUGGAAUGGCUUUAUGCCGGCGACUCGGCCCAUUGGCCACAACCGUGCGGGGCCAGCUGGCCGGAAUGGUGGCGACUACUGCGCUGUUCUACCAAGCGAGUAAAGGCCCGAGUCCAGAAGCAGCUGGACACGGAUUUCGCCACCUACUGCAGCUACCACCUUCGCAAACUGGGCCUGUGGGCCCUAUACCGACAAGCAGCCCGGGCGCUCCCUGGGAUACCGGUACAGCGGACAUGGUGCUGCCGUCCAUGCGGCAAAAGUUUUGCCAAGAAGGCACAGCUAGCGGUCCAUUUCUUCAAGGUGCAUGCCCGAAGAGCCUCGCACCGCCUAAAUGUGGAAGGGACAGUCUGCCGAGCUUGUGGGCGUCAAUACUGGUCAGCCAACCGGCUGAUGAUCCACCUACGUGACUCUGCUACUUGUGUGGCGACCCUACGGGGGCUUGGGCACCACAACGAAGAGCCAUGCCCAGGAAUGGGCAGCAAGCGAUGGAAGCAGAGAGAUGUGGACCAGUACACGCCCGCACUCCCGAAGCAAGUCCAGGAGGGCGUGUCAGCUACCGGAGGCGAGGUUUGGGACCGAACCCAAAAAGAGGCGCACCGGGCACUGUCCGAUGCACUCCUCGUCUCGGAUCUCCCCUCCCAAACGGCGACAGUCCAGGACAGCAUCGGCAAGAUCCUGGGUUCCUUCCCCCUGUACGAGCAGGAGGAGCAGGACAUCGCGGGCGCUGUCUACCAGGAGGCGCGGGAGAUUGUCGCGGCGGACCUCAAUGACUACUGGUCCCGGCCGCAGCUUGAGGCCAUGCAGACCGCCCUGCAGGCCUUCAUGUCUGGAACAUGCCCCUCCACGCCGGGGGCACAGACGAUCGUCCAGGACCAGUUUUCUUACGACGACUUUCUUGAAAAGGAGGAUGCCAUUGACUGGGGACGCUUGCGGGCGUCCCUCCAGUCCCCUCACGAGACCAAGACGGAGACGGUUGUCAUUCUGGUUGGGCCCUUGGAAGCUGUGUGGAGCCCUGGCAGAGACUUUCUUCGCAACACAGCCGUGAAAGCGUUUCCUGAAGCCCUCCUCCCCCAGAGCAUUAGGCGAGCUUGGGACACUAUCACGACGGGUGGUAGCGUACAGGUCCUAGCUCCGCCCGCAUUCUGGGGUUCCUAUUUGGCCAAGCCCUUUAGCCCGCUGGCGGCGUGCCAAAAGCAAAGAUCUCGAGAACGGCGUCAGUCCGCAGAAUCCAACUACAUCCUGAUCCCGACACAAUGCAUCCCAAGCCCAACACUGAUCUUGAUCACCGAGGCUGCAGCGGAUCAUGUCCAGCACCCCCUCCUCCGGAAGAAGGGAGCCGGAGCAAGCAAAGUGGUUCUGUAG